AUGUCUUACAUCAACAAGAACUUCAAAUUCGUGAAGCAGGAGAACUUCGAUGGAUUUCUCCGUGCUGUCGGUUUACCCGAGGAGAAGAUCGCUCAGAUCGUGAAGUUCGCUCCUGACCAGAAGCUGAUCAAGACCACCUACACAGUCGACGGCAACGUAGUCACACAGAACAUCACAGCUCCCCAAGGCACAGCCGUCUUCAAGAGGGAAUACAAUGGCGACGAACUAGUUGUGGUCAUCACCGGUGACAAAUUCGACGGUGUCGCUAAGAGGUACUACAAGGCUGAAUAA